AUAUGGUCCGUCUGGCGGUUCGGCGUUCGGCUACAUCCACCCGGCGAAAAGUGGACACGAGACGUCGGUGUGCUCCGGAGACCAGUGACUCGUUAUCAAGCCUUACACAACCAUGCCAUCCGACUUAGCCAAGAAGAAGGCAGCAAAGAAGAAGGAGGCUGCUAAAGCCCGCCAGCGUACCAAAAAACCUGAAGAUGGAAGUGAGGAGGGUGAACAAGCAGAGACCCAGCGUAAUGGAGCAGAGAGCAAUGGUAUUGCAAAUUUGACAAAGGAGCUGGAUGAAUUUGAGCUGGCGAAGACCGAGGCACGGGCAGUGACGGGCGUUCUGGCCUCGCACCCCAACAGCACUGAUGUCCACGUUAGCAGCCUGUCGCUCACCUUCCACGGCCAAGAGCUUCUAGCAGACACCAGCUUGGAGCUCAACUCAGGCAGACGCUAUGGGCUUAUUGGCCUUAACGGCACAGGAAAAUCCAUGCUGUUGUCAGCCAUCGGGCAUCGUGAGAUUCCCAUUCCAGAGCACAUCGAUAUUUACCACUUGACCCGGGAGAUGGCCCCCAGCGAGAAGACGGCUCUGCAUUGUGUCAUGGAGGUGGAUGAACAGAGGAUCAUGCUGGAGAAGGAGGCAGAGAGACUUGCCGCUGAGGACUCCGAGUGUGAGAAGCUGAUGGAGCUGUAUGAGCGUCUGGAGGAGCUGGAUGCAGACAAGGCAGAGGUGCGAGCCUCUCGGAUCCUUCACGGUUUGGGUUUCACCAGUGAUAUGCAGCAAAAGAAACUGAAGGACUUUAGUGGAGGAUGGAGGAUGCGUGUUGCUCUGGCCAGAGCCCUGUUCAUCAAGCCCUUCAUGCUGUUGCUGGAUGAGCCCACUAACCACUUGGAUCUGGAUGCUUGUGUGUGGUUGGAGGAGGAGCUCAAAACGUUCAAGCGAAUCCUUGUCCUCAUCUCGCACUCUCAAGACUUCCUGAACGGUGUAUGCACCAACAUCAUCAACCUGCAUCAGAGAAAACUGAAAUACUACACGGGUAACUAUGACCAGUAUGUGAAGACCAGAGAGGAGCUGGAAGAGAACCAGAUGAAGCGCUUCAACUGGGAACAGGACCAGAUAGCACACAUGAAGAAUUACAUUGCCAGGUUUGGUCACGGCUCCGCAAAGCUGGCACGACAGGCACAGAGCAAAGAGAAGACGCUGCAGAAGAUGGUGGCAUCCGGCUUGACUGAAAAAGUUGUGAAUGACAAGACUCUGUCAUUUUAUUUUCCUCCCUGUGGGAAGAUUCCUCCUCCUGUUAUCAUGGUUCAGAAUGUGAGCUUCAAGUACAGUGACAACACACCGCACAUAUAUACAAACCUGGAGUUUGGUAUUGACUUGGAUACACGAGUGGCUCUGGUGGGACCCAAUGGAGCAGGGAAGUCCACACUACUGAAGCUGCUGAUGGGAGAACUCCUACCCACCGAUGGCAUGAUCCGCAAACAUUCUCACGUCAAGAUUGGCAGAUAUCAUCAGCAUCUGACAGAGCAACUGGAGCUGGACCUGUCUCCUUUGGAGUACAUGAUGAAGUGUUACCCUGAGAUCAAAGAAAAAGAGGAGAUGAGGAAGAUCAUUGGUCGCUAUGGGCUGACAGGAAAACAGCAGGUCAGUCCGAUCAGAAACUUGUCCGAUGGUCAAAAGUGCCGGGUGUGUUUUGCCUGGCUGGCCUGGCAGAACCCUCACAUGUUGUUCCUUGACGAGCCCACCAAUCACUUGGACAUCGAGACCAUUGACGCGUUGGCAGACGCCAUCAACGAGUUUGACGGCGGCAUGAUGCUAGUGAGCCACGACUUCAGGCUAAUUCAACAGGUGGCUCAGGAGAUCUGGGUGUGUGAGAAUCAAACCAUCACAAAGUGGAACAGGGACAUCCUGGCAUACAAGGAGCACUUGAAAUCAAAGAUCGAAAACCAAGCGCAUGACAUCUAAAUAAACCAUAAAUCAUUCUGAGCCACUCCUUUAUCUUGCAUCAUGGAUUUGACCUGCAAACUCCUGAGGGGGGACGAGUGGGGUUUUCAAUGCAGGAAAUGUCCUAAGUAGAACUGAAACAAUCUCUUAUGCAUCUUAUUGGACACGUCUCUUGUACUUGUUGUACUGUAUUUCCAUCUCGGUUUGACAGUGCCGCACUGUGCUGAACCCGACCCAAUCCCCCACCCAUCCCCCCCCCGCCUAUCCACCCACCUCUCCCACCUCUCCCUUCAUCCCUUCACCUCAGGCUGCACUCUGAUGGGCUGAUUCACCUGAAGCUUCUCAGUGCAUUUUGGAAUGCAUUCCAUUGUGCUGUCUUCAUAGAAAAGUUUUAUUUUUCCAAAUGUUCUGUUUUAUCCCAACAUGUAUGCAGCAGCUUUUUAGGUCAUUUUAUGAUAUUUAAAAGUUGACUUUUUUUUUCCUGUGUAAAAGAGCAGUUCUGCCUUAUUUAACAAUGUAAUGCAAUAAAGGUUUGUCUGAAUAAACAGAACAUAAAAACAGCA